CCUUCAGCGUUUUACAUCUAUGGAGCGCUUGGUAUUGUAUGGGCUUGCAUUUUUGCAUUUUUUGUGGCCAACUCGCCGGCACUCCACCGCAGUAUUUCGGACGAAGAACGAGAAUAUAUCGAAAGUAGUAAUUCUUAUAGUACCAGUGAAAACAAGAAAGUACCAACGCCGUGGCGAAAAAUUGCAACAUCGGUGCCCGUUUGGGCGGUUUUGGUACUGUCCUGUGGCAUAAGUUGGGGCGGUUUUACCCUUUUGACUGAAAUCCCCAGCUACAUGAGUAAUAUUAUGGGUUUCGAUAUCAAUUCUAAUAGUCAAUUAUCAGCCCUACCUUACGUCGCCAUGUUUUUAAUAGGUCUGGCAAGUGCUCCAGUCGCCGAUAGACUAAUUUCGAAAAAAAUCUUUACAAUUGGAACCACUAGAAAAAUUUUCAGUUUUUUGGGUACUCUAAUUCCGGCAGUAGCUUUAUUUAGCCUUGGCCUUAUCGACAGUUCGCAGAAAGACUUAGGUACCGUUUUACUAAUUCUUGCUGUCGGUUCUACUGGUUUAGGAUACUCCGGGUGUAUGGUAAAUUUAGUAGACUUGGCACCUAAUCAUGCUGGAACCUUGUUGGGUAUUACCAAUUGUACGGCUACGAUCUUUUCGAUUUUGGGGCCGUUAUCGGUCCAAUUUUUUGGCAGUGAUAAGAAAGAUCCGAUUUUGUGGAGGAAAGUGUUUUGGGUAGCUGCUGGGAUUUACAUCGGUUGUGGUAUAUUCUAUGCGAUAUUUUGUUCAGGGGAAUUACAAGAAUGGAAUGGCGGGGAAGAAAAAGAAGAGCAAAAAUCUAACAAGGGUGAAAGUGAAAAUAAAGAAAAAAGUCAUGUAGGAGUUUAAAAUAAUUCUGCUCGUCAGGAAAUAAAGUGACGCUUUAUUUCCGCAUUUGUGACUAAUAAUCUGGUACUGUAUUCCCUCGAGAAUAAAA